AUGGCGGGACAUUCUUCUCUCCGUGCCUUCCAGCUGGGCAAGCUCGUGUUUCUAGGAGCUUUGUUCCUCAUGGCGGUUUCAGCCGAACCGGGCACUGAAAAGGCACCAGAAAACUUGGCGAGUGGUUCAAAAUUUUCGACUGAUGCGAAAGGUGACCGCCGCCGGCCGAAGAGGUUUCAAGACGUGACAGUGCUGGAAACAGACGAAAAGCUGUCGCCCGAAACCAAGGCAGCUCUUGACUCCCUUCUUGACGCUGACAAUGAAGGGAAAAAGCCACGCCAUCGCUCUGAAUCCACUGCAGAAGCCGAGAAGGAGGCGGACAGGACCAGAUACGCCCCGCCGCCAGCUCCGACAUUCGUUCCUAAGUUUGUGCCUGUGGACGCUCUUACUCCCACACUCUCCAAUUCCGCGUCUCACUCCGAAGAAUCUGAGGAAGACUUCUCUUAUGAUAUCCAGAAAGAGUACGAGAAAGCCAGACUGAAGUACCGAGAUGCCCAGGUCAUCAAGGACAAGGACGAAUUCGACUUCAUCGUCGUGGGAUGCGGGUGCGCAGGCUGCCCCCUGGCCAGCUAUCUGGCCCUAAAAGGACAGGGCCGACGCGUUCUCGUGCUGGAAAGAGGGCUCGAGCGUACCUUUGAGCAAACCCCAAUGGCCAUGACGGUUUAUGGACAUGGUGUUGCCGCUGCGGACCCGACACUGAUGCAGGUGUUCAACACACGAAGCGGUGUGCGAACUCAUGUCGCGACUGUCAUGGGCGGCGGCACGUCCAUCGAUUUAGCCAUUUACGUUGAGGAAACCGAGAACUACUUUAAAUUUAUGAACAAGCGGUUCCCCGCCUACAAAUUUCACUGGCCUACAAUCCAAAGAGCUUACAGAUACGUACGGAGAAUCGUUGCCCGACGAAUGCCGUUCGACAACUACUUCGGUCUGCGCUAUCAGCAGGCGCUCCAGUGGAGAGGCUUCAAGCCUAUUGGCGGAAAAAUCCCCGCAGACUACUCUUCUUCGCUUCAAAUGGAUAAAGUGUGGAGCAGCUACAGCUUGUUCGACACGAAAGACGGGGGAUUCCGUCGAUCGACUGAUGUAUUCAUUGAAGAGCUACCGGAACACGCGAAGAAGAAUCUGGUUGUGCGCACCCGACACAAUGUGGAGUGGAUCGAGUUCGACCUGGACCAAAAUCCUCCUCGCGCGAAGUGUGUCGUCUACCGACCAACGGCCUACGAAGACAUCAAGCCGCAAGGAACUAGCUUUGCAGCGUCAUUGCCGGCUAGCAGCGCUCAUUGGGGCCCUUGGAUCGGCACUUUCCUCGCCCCCAAGAGUGUCCUCAUUAAGUCGGGCGAAGUGGAUCCAACAGAUUUCUUCCAGAAGAAGGAAGCCAAGUUCUUCCGCAAGGUGUGCCUGACCGAUCGAAAGGGUUCGCAGAUUAUCCUCAGUGCAGGUGCAAUCCACUCUGCUGUCAUCCUCUACAAAUCGGGUAUCGGCCCGAUUCCUCAACUCAAGAAAAUCAAGACUCCCGUCAUCGUGGAACACCCGUACCUGGGACAGCGCUUCAGCGACCGUGUUUUCAUCCCCGUCAGUGCUUUCUCGAAACACUAUGCUGACGAGUUGACACCCGUCCCGUUUGCACCGAUCCGGCGUUUGUCGAGCUUGGACCCCCUUUCGCCUAAGGCAACGACGCCUCGAGGCAGGACGCGCAGAGACAGGCACUUCUCCAACAAAGACGAAGCAGAGCCGAGCAGCGGCCACGAUGAGACCAAGCGAGGUAUCCGCAAGGAGCGCAGGCACCAGAAGGGCACCUUCACUGCAGGCGACCAGGUGAAUGUGGAAGGCGGCGAGGGGAAGGAGGAAGCGGAUCAGGGCGUGACGAGAGCAACAGGGGGGAUUUCGGCUCUAGGAGUCUCUGAGAAUGACGAAGACGGCGCCGAAGUGGCGAAUGCGUUCAACGAGGAUGACCAGGCUUCAGGCUCCUCGCCCGCCCGCAUCUUCCUCAUGGACCUCCAGAAGCCCAUUCCUCCCGAGUUGUCCGGUAAAUACCUUGACGUCUACGUUCCUGAGAAAGGCGAACUGGAUCCACCACGUGUGUGCCAAGGCAUGGGUAUCAAGAAGGGUGGACCCCCGCACGGUUGCGACAAGGAAAAUUACAGCAUUGGUCGCCGCACGUUGAGUUGCUCUUUGAUGGUCGCUGAGGAGAUGUCGGGCGGCCGCGCUCAGGAAGGCAUCAUCUAUGCCUCGCGUUUCAUUUUCCCACCCCUCUUUAGAAACGACCCGCUUGUGGACGUGAUCUUCGAGAUCCUGCGUUCGUGCUCGGAAUACAGAGCCCCCUUUGCUGUCGCGGGUUUGAAACCGUUGUGCGCCAUUGUCGUGCCCAUUAUCAAGUGCUUCCGGAAGUCGCUGGCAACGUUCUACUUCACAGCCGAACCGAAAUCUCGAGGAUCCGUUCGUCUCUCCGCAAACGGCAUGAUCGACGUCAACGGCAACUACUUAAAGGAUGAGCAAGAUCUCUUUGACGCCGUCCGUGGAGUGUCGAACCUGAUUAACGCCAUGAACGGAGACGCGUACAGAGGCGUUCUCCAACCCGCCGGGUCCCUCUCGUGUCCAGUGACGGUCUUGAACGGCUUGCUCGAUCUCAUCCUGACUGUGGCCAGCAUGACUUCUCUCUUCAUCACGAAACCAGGGAACCUUCCUCUGAUCCAAAAGUACCUUCAAGACUUGCUUCCCGCCAACAGCCGUCGCCUUCGUCGGCUGGUGGCUGUCGGUGACGAUGUCAAGCCCCGCCGAUUGGAGGCGACCGACCUGGGUGACCUCGAAGAGCCUGGCGAUUACCACCAGGACGGCAUGAACGAGCCAAACACAUUCAUCUUGGAAGACUACAGCGACCACGUGAUCGAAAAUGUCGACGAAAAGAAGAUGGAGGAGCUCGGCAUCAAGCGCAAGCUGGAAGAAGCCGGUUUCGACUUCGAGGCUUACCGAAAACAUCUGGACCCGAAUGCAGAGGAAGACAAGGACACAGUCAUUUCUGAGACCGCGAAUUGGUUCGUGUCACGCCGUCUGCAGCAGCAGAUGGAGGAGGACCAGCACCUCACCGCGGAAGAAAAACACACGGCUCGUCGGUUGAUGGAACUCCAGCGCGAAAAGGAGGAUCACGCUGCCGAGGCGGCGUUCGAGGUUUCUGUCCAAGAAUUGGCGGACGCCAAAGCAGCUUGCCAAAAACCGUGCAGCGAAAACGACGCUUGCCCUGCCGCAGACGUCUGCUGCGCUGCCUUCAACAACUCACUGUGCAUUCGGACGCAGGAAACCGAGGAGCUCGAGCGACGCCUGCGGGCGCAAAUGUUUGAACAGAAACUCACGACCGGUGCCCCUUCGCGACAAGCAAAGCGAACAGAAGAGGGAGUCGCGAACGAGAAAACGGCAGUGUACCCAGAAGGCUUCUUGGGGGCUCUGCCCAACGCGCUGCCUGAACUUUUGAACUUCGUCCCGUCCCCGCAAAAAUCUCCCCCUCACCCCUUGCUGUACGAAAAGCCGCCGCCUCACGACUUCCCAACAUACCUCAAUCCUCCCAAGCCAGAAGGCUUUCCUGACCCGUCAAUGUUUCCUGCCGCUCCUCCCGCAGGAACUCCCCCUCCCGACGUGCUUCCGUACACCAACAAACAGUGGGCCGCCACGUUCCCACCGCGUCUCCCAAAUCCAUACAAGCCGAAAGAAGUUGCCAAGUACGCACUCACGUACAUGUCUAGCGUCUGGCAUCACAGCAACACAGUUCCAAUGGGCGAGGUUGUCAACACGGACUUCGAGGUCAUUGGCACUCAGGGUCUUUCGGUCAUUGACGCAUCCGUUAUGAAUCAGCUGACUCGACUGAACCCUCUCGCUACUCUCAUCAUGUUCGGAGUCUAUGGAGCUAUGAAGAAGCUCAAGAAGGCAGGCGUAGAAGAUGUUCUCCCACCGCUGCCCCAUGAACACUAACUGUUUAGUAAUCCAUCUGGAACACUCCAUGCCGUUCUGGAAAAGACUUCGGGAAUUUCAGUCUGCUUUUGCGCUGUUGACCAGUCUCUGGUCAACGCCGCCCUGAUGGUCCGAAAGUGCUGUCUGCGCCCUCUAUGCGAUAGCACUAUACCUUGUUCCAGGUUUUUGCUGGUUUCGUUCAAUGAAGACUUCUUUGUCGGAGCUGAGAGAAAGUGGCAGAAACGCCACGUAUCCGCCGUAGCCUCGCUCUGACAAGGCGUGUACAUCUU